UGUGCACUGUCUACCCGGCACACACGUGUCUGACAAGAAAGUGGAGUUUAUAAUUUAUUAAGUGUAAUUUAAACCAAAAUCAAUUAAAUUCAUCAGGACGAAAGUACUCAAGACUUGUGAAUAAUGUUUUGAAAGGAAGAUAUUUUCACUGAAGAAUACCCCUUUUUUUCUGGAGCAAGACUGAUUCAUCUUUUUAAAACUAGGGAUACGUUUGACCUUUACUGUCUUGCUUGACCUUCAGAUCUACCCUGAAAAAACUUUCAUUCACUCUAUCUGCUCAAAAAAGUUAUUUUUUUUAGAAAAGGUCCAAAAUGUCGAGCAGGGAACGGGCAUCGCGAAGAUUUUAUCGUCUAGACAGUACAAAUGAUCUACUGGGAAAUAUGGAUCGUGGACAAUCAGCACAAAUUGAUAAUCGAUGGAAUUUUGAAGUUUCCUGGGAAGCUGUAAACAAGGUUGGCGGAAUUUACACUGUGAUUCGAUCAAAAGCAUAUGUUUCGACUGAGGAAAUGGGUGAUCAGUACAUUUUGAUGGGUCCCUAUAAAGAAGCGAGUGCAAGAACUGAAGUUGAAGAAAUAGAUUUUCCAUCGAAUAGUCCACUGAAUAAGGCAGUUCAAAUAAUGCGAGAACAAGGUUUCAAGGUCGUUACUGGUACUUGGUUAGUGGACGGAAAUCCACAAGUAAUAUUGCUGGACAUUGGAAGCGCAGCCUGGAAAUUGGACGAAUAUAAAUCAGAACUUUGGAGCACGUGUCAUUUGGGAAUUCCUCACUUGGACGUUGAAGCUAAUGAUGCAAUUAUUCUUGGCUACUUGGUCUGCCAAUUUAUUUCUGAAUUCAGAAAAGCCGCGGAGGAAUUCUCAACUGCUCCGCCGAGAGUUGUCGUUCAUUGUCACGAAUGGCAGGCCGGUGUUGGAUUAAUAGCUCUAAGAACAAGACACGUCGAUGUUGCCACUGUUUUUACGACACAUGCCACUUUACUUGGAAGAUAUCUCUGCGCUGGAAAGAUUGAUUUUUAUAAUAAUUUGGAUAAAUUUAACGUUGACGAGGAAGCUGGUAAACGUCAAAUUUAUCAUCGAUAUUGUAUGGAACGUGCGGCAGCUCAUCUCUGCCAUGUUUUUACAACAGUCUCCGAUAUUACUGGUCUUGAAGCUGAACAUUUGCUCAAAAGAAAACCCGACAUUAUCACGCCAAAUGGACUGAAUGUGAAGAAAUUUUCCGCUUUACAUGAAUUUCAAAAUUUACACGCCGUUAGCAAGGAGAAAAUACACGAAUUCGUGAGGGGACACUUUUAUGGACAUUAUGACUUUGAUUUAGACAAGACUCUGUAUUUUUUUAUUGCCGGACGGUAUGAAUUUGGAAACAAGGGCGCCGAUAUUUUUAUUGAAGCUCUAGCGAGAUUGAAUCAUUAUUUGAAAAAUUCAAAACCUGACGUGACGGUUGUUGCAUUUCUCAUUUUUCCAACGCGCACAAAUAAUUUUAAUGUCGAGUCUCUUCGUGGUCAUGCUGUGACAAAAUCGCUGAAGAACACAAUAGACGAUAUUCAACGCAAAAUUGGAAAACGAAUGUACGAGACGUGUUUAACGGGUCACUUGCCCGAUGGUCAUGACAUUUUAUUAAAAGAAGACAUUAUUAAAAUUAAAGGGUGCUUGUACUCUUUGCAAAGAAAUACAUUGCCGCCAGUUACAACUCACAAUAUUGUUGACGACUGGAAUGAUCCAGUGCUAAGUUCAGUGAGAAGAUGUAAUCUCUUCAAUUCUGUCCACGAUCGUGUGAAGAUAGUGUUUCAUCCGGAAUUUUUGUCAUCGACUAAUCCUCUCUUUGGUUUGGAUUAUGAGGAAUUUGUCCGUGGUUGUCAUUUAGGCGUUUUCCCAUCGUACUACGAACCCUGGGGUUAUACGCCGGCCGAAUGUACAGUAAUGGGAAUUCCCAGUAUAACAACAAAUCUAUCAGGCUUCGGUUGUUUCAUGCAAGAGCACAUAGCCGAUCCAAUGAGUUAUGGAAUUUAUAUUGUCGAUCGUAGAUUUAUCGAUUUGGAAUCAAGUGUUCAACAACUUGCUAACUAUAUGUUCGAUUUCGCUCGACUCAAUCGUAGGCAGCGUAUCAUUCAGAGGAAUCGUACCGAGCGUCUCAGUGAUCUUUUAGAUUGGAGAAGUCUUGGAAUCUACUAUCGUCAAGCGAGAAUAAAAGCAUUGUGCACUGUUUAUCCCGAGCUUGAGUCGGAAUUCGAUGAAGGAAAUGUGGGAAGAUUAAAUUAUCCAAGACCAAUUAGUGAGCCUCCAUCGCCGUCUUCCUCUAGACACACAACCCCAGCCGCUUCUGUUCAUGGCUCAGACGACGAGGACGAUGAAGUGGACGAAGAACAAGAGUUGGAAGAAUUAAGAGAAAGAAAAUAAACUUUAAUGCAGUACAUAAGCACGAGAAUCAAAGUCGCAACUAAAAUAUAUAUAAUUUAGUGAACAAACUCACACAAUACUCCAAGAUUGAUUUGUUAAGAAUUUUUUAUUGUGCACUAAACGCUUGAAUGAGUUUUUUGAUUUUUCCUGGGAUGUAUAGGAAUUAAUUUUUAAACAUGACUGCUACAAUAAGAAUAUCCGUAAAUGAUUUUAAUAUUUAUAUAAAUAGAUUUAUUAAUAUUCUCUCAACUGCCUAUAGACGACGGAUUUUGCUUUUUUAAAAUGUUGUUUAUUAUAAUAAUAGUAUUAAUAAACUAAUCAUUGUAUGUAUUGUUGCAUAUAUCUGUUGUCUUUGAUGAUGAAUGAUAGAUUUUACUGAAUUGUUAAGAACAAAUAAUCUGAAUUUUAAAAAAUGUGAUUGUGAUUCUUUUAAACUAUAUGAAUUAAUUUGUAAAUUUAUGAAUUUUUGUUGGUCUCCAUUUUUAUGUAAAUGUAUACGUAUUGUUCAAAACUAUUUUAAUAAUUACAAUGAUUUUUACUGAUUUA